GUAGAUGGUAUGUUUGGGAGGUGUCAGGCGUUUCCUGUGACAGAGGCCUUUUCCUAUGAUGUCUCUCCAUCUGCCCUCCGCCAGCUCAGGACCGUCCUGCAGAAGCUGGCACACAGAGGUUACACAUGGCAGGACUCCACCACCCAGCAGGUGAUCAGCAAGGAGCUGGCCAAGCUGCCCAAGAUCCCCCAGCGACACCUGGAGGCUUCCUUUGGAGACUUCCCCGGCACCUCCAGGGCCAAGGCUCCGCCCCCUGAUGCCAACAGGAAGUUGAAGAUGGAGGAGGCGGAGCUAAGCAAGUCGCUGCAGAAGCACCUGCAGGAUCUGGGCUUCCUGCCGCCGGCCAAAGAGGAGGCACCUGAGGGAUCGCUCAGACAGAUGAAAGGAGAUCGCUACCAUCUCAUCGAGUACGUCCAGCCCAGCACGCAGGGCAAAGGGAAGACCACGGCCACCUUCUUCUCCUACCACGCUCCCAACAGCUCUGCCCAGGAUCAGGAGAGGGCCAAGGCCCUGCUGAAGGGGCUGGAGGAGUACCUGGCAGCCAAGGGCUCCAUGAAGCAGCCACAGGAGCUCCAGCUGCAGCAGCUGCAGAGGGGGCCCAGUAGCGGCGGCAUGGCGGACAGGCCCCUGGGGAGGCUCCACUACUUCAGCAUGCUCAGGCCUGUGGCUGCGGAGAGGCUCAAGGCGGCCCAGGCUAAGGCAGACCGUCUGACUGGAGGCGGUGGUGGGAGGCUGCUGCUGCCGUCGCAACAGAGGAUCCUGGAGGUGGCCGGCUCCAACUCCAAGCCGCCGCUGCCCAGGAUAGACCGGCUCUUCUUCAAGACCCCUCAGAACCCAGCAGUGUCCAAAGAGCCUCUGAGCUUGGUGGAUGAAAAGUUCAUCCAGAACGUGGUGGCACAGCUGGGUCGUCAGAGUGUCAACGUUGACGCCAUGACCCCCAAAGACCUGGAUCGACUCUCAGACAUGAUCACCAAGGCCCUGCAGGUGGUGGACGGCGUGGGUGUUGGCGCUGGCACCGCGGACUUCAGCCGGCAGAGGGGUCGCGAGGUCACCCAGGAUGAAGAGGAAGACGGAGAGGAGGAGGCGGUCGAUGAAAGCGAACGAGAGGAGGACGGCGGGAGGGAUGGUGCUGGUGAGGAGGUCGAGGAGGGAGGAGAGAAUGAAACAAUGCUAGCCGGCGAGCUGGAGCGCUCUCUCGGGACAGAUCAGUCAGACGCACUGGCAGCAGAGACUUUGCCCAGAGCACAACAGACAAAAUCGGCAGACUCCAGCUCUGAUGACAAGGACCCCAGCUUCAUCAAGCAGCUCCUGGACUUUCUGGACCAGACGACGGACCCCGGGGCCUUCUCCCCCGACACCCCUCCUAACGUGCCCGUGCUGGGGCUACCGGGCAGCUUGCAGGAGGACACCCCAGUGGUGGCCAAGGGCAAGGUGUCCGUCGAGAACGUCCAGAGCAGGACAACCCAGUCAGAGCUGGACGUGCCCCAGAAGAAGAUGCUGAAGGAAGAAGAGGAAGGGGGGAGGUUGAGAAACGACCCGCUAGAAAGCCUGGAUCCAGUCGGGGAGAAGGAGGUGGAGCGCUGGGUGCAGAUUCCCCACACCGCUGAUGAUCGCGCCCCAACGGGUCUUCUGGCAGACCCGCAGAAGAAGGGCAUGGGUUCACUGCUGCAGCUGCCCCAAGCGGAGGACGCAGAGGCCCAGAGGAAACGGGUUCGAGUGCAGCAGGAGCUGACUCUGGGGGUGGCCACCUACACCAGCCCAGGACAAGCCAAGGACAAGGACGCAGACUUUGGCUACAUUGUCACCACCGACUCCCUGUCGACAGACCAAGGGCUGAAUCUGAUGGAGUUGCUGGCAGAGAAAGCCAACCUACGGACGACAGACUUCCUACAGCUCUCGGUUCUGGGCCCGGCCGUAACCUUCAGAGUGAGGCCCAACGUUCGCAAUGUCAGCACCGCCGAACUGGCAAGAGUAGCAGUUGCUCAGAAGGAUCUGCUGGAGAAGAAGACUGGACUGCACAUUCUGGAGGCCGGCAUGAGUGAUAAGAGCAAGCUGAACCAGAUCCCCAUUGUGAAGCACAGCCACGUAGAGUCCAGCAACUUCCUGGUUCUGACGGUGGUGUCCAUGGUGUUUAUCGUCAUGGUGCUGGGGGUGUCCGGGGCGCUCUACUGCCUGCGUCACCACUCCCACCUCAAGCUGAAGGAGAAGCUGGCCAGCCUGGGGACUGACACCAGCGCAGAUGCCACCGCAGCCUAUCAGGACCUGUGUCGUCAGCGUAUGGCGGUGCAGUCGUCUGAUCGCAAUGGCGUCGACCGUCCGGAGCCUCUGGCGUCCCACACGUCGCACCACUCGCGCAUCAACAGUGUCUCCUCGCAGUUCAGCGACGGGCCCAUGCCCUCCCCCUCGGCCCGCUCCAGCACCUCCUCCUGGAGCGAGGAGCCAGCGCACUCCAACAUGGACAUCUCCACCGGACACAUGAUACUGUCCUACAUGGAGGACCACUUGAAGAAUAAGAACCGGCUGGAGAAGGAGUGGGAGGCCCUGUGCAGCUACCAGGCCGAGCCCUGUGCCUCCGCGGUGGGCCAGCAGAGCAGCAACGCCCAGCGCAACCGGCCCAACGGGGUCCUCGUCUACGAUCACUCCAGAGUGACCUUGAAGGCGGAGAACAACCUCAGCAACUCUGACUACAUCAACGCCAGUCCCAUAAUGGAUCAUGAUCCUCGUAACCCAGCCUACAUCGCCGCUCAGGGCCCUCUUCCCGCCACUGUAGCUGAUUUCUGGCAGAUGGUGUGGGAAAGUGGCUGUGUGGUGGUGGUCAUGCUGACUCCUCUGACGGAGAACGGCACCAAGCAGUGUCACCAGUACUGGCCUGACGAAGGAUCCUCCCUCUACCACGUCUAUGAGGUGAACCUGGUGUCGGAGCACAUCUGGUGCGAGGACUUCCUGGUUCGGAGCUUCUACCUGAAGAACGUGCAGACCAACGAGACGCGCACCGUCUCCCAGUUCCACUUCCUGUCCUGGAUGGAUCUGAGCGUGCCCGAGUCGGCCCGCACCCUGCUGGACUUCCGCAGAAAGGUUAACAAGUGCUACCGAGGUCGGUCUUGUCCAGUCAUAAUCCACUGCAGUGAUGGUGCGGGGAGAAGCGGAACAUACAUCCUGAUUGACAUGGUCCUCAAUAAGAUGGCUAAAGGUGCUAAAGAGAUUGAUAUUGCUGCUACCCUGGAGCACUUACGAGACCAGAGAGCCGGCAUGGUGCAAACAAAGGAGCAGUUUGAGUUUGCCCUGACUGCGGUGGCAGAGGAGGUGAACGCCAUCCUGAAAGCUCUUCCACAGUGAGGGCUGAGACCUGACCA